ACAUAAACAGCUGUGCAAAUCAAAGCAACUCUAGAAAAAAGCCGCAUUUUUUACGUAAACUUAUUUUAGUUUGUAAAUUCAACAAGUUAUUAAUGCGAAAGCUGUAAGAACAACGUGAAAUUAGAAACAUUUAAGAACUCAACUAAUAGACAAAACCAAUUACAAAAUGAUCUACACAACGACGCUACUGUCGCGAGGCUCCAUCUUCGGGUCGCUAAUAAGCAAAGUCAGGCAAGUUGUAGCCAAAAAUCCAGUCACUGCUCAUACAAAUCAAAUCAACAAUGAAAAUUUCACACCUACGCCAAAACCAAACAGACCCUUGGCCGCUGCCAGCCUGAGCAACAGCUCAGCGCUUCACUCCAAGACGCUGGAGGAGAAAAUCGGUCUUCCGCCCAAGCCGAAGAAGCCGCUAACCCCAUAUUUUCGCUUCAUGCGCGAAAUGCGACCCAAGAUGUUGGCCAAAAAUCCUAGCAUAAGCACCAUUGAGGUAGUACGACAGCUAUCCAAGAGCUGGGGGGAAGCUGAUCCCAAGCUGAAGGAGCGCUUGCAAUCGGAGUACAAAAGGGAUCAGGAGCUCUAUCUGGAGCAACGCACCAAGUACGACGCCACGCUUACCGAAGAGCAGCGUGCCGAACUCAAGCAGUUGAAACAGGACAUCAACGAUGCCAAGGAACGCAAACAGCUGCGCAAGCGUGUCAAGGAGUUGGGACGACCCAAAAAACCGGCCUCUGCAUUCCUUCGUUUCAUUGCCGUCGAGCGCACGAAUACGCCACAAACAGAGAAUCAAACGUACCGCGAAUGGCAUCAGAAGGCAACUGCCAAAUGGACACGCCUCUCGGACGAAGAGAAGGGCGUCUAUCUAAGCGAAUCGCGCAAGGAGCUUGAUCAGUACAAAAAAAACAUUUCGAUUUGGGAGGAGAAAAUGAUUCGCCUGGGCCACAUCGACGUGGUGCGUCAUGGCAAUCUGAUCGAUCCGCCAGAGCCCAAGCCCCGCAAACUCCAAGCAACCAAAGAGAAGUAGUCUGACGUGUCCUCCUCCAUCAUUUGCCAUCACAUGAUCACACAUUUGGUUUUCUGUUUUUUAGCUUUUCAUUUCUUGAAAAUUUAAUUUGUUAAGUGCUUUACUUGCGUUCAUAACUAUUAUUAAAUAAGUCAUUUACUAUAUGCCAGUGAAAUAAUGCUGUAAGACUAUUUUGAAUAAUCAUUUCGAAUUAUGUAAAUACCUUCGGCGACAUGUAUUAAAUACUUAAAGAGAC